UCGCGUUCCCACGGCCUACCCCCUGUUUCUGUACCGCAAGGUCACACUGUACCUACAUUUUAGUGUUCCUAAUUGGAUUUGGGUGUAUUUCCCACGCAAGCAAACGCGGAAAUUCGAACGCGAGCAGUCGUAAUUGACUCAUCGGUGGGAACACAGGUGAUAUUCGGCUACAAACCACAAAAACAUGCAAUGCAGUGGGUUGACGCAGGACCGUUAGACUAUCUACAAACUGUUUUGCGUGUGCUCUCAAGCUGGUGGGUAGGUACGGUUACAGUUUACACUCAAUAAAUUCAUGUUCAUGCCCGGAAUCCUCAGACAUUCAAGGCAAACGCUUGCCCAGCUAUUAUUUUUUUCUUCAAUUUUCCUGACCACCUUUAAGGCGUCAAGUAGUGCAAAUUAUAGUAAGGUUUGCAGUUUGAAGUUUUAGUUUUCAUCAGUGAAUAGAUAAUGACGACAAAUGGAGAUAACACUUAUGGAGAAUAUAGAAUUGCAGAAGAGCAGGUUGUCACUCCUUGGAGUCGCUCGGUAGCCAGUGGGUAUGAAUUGCUGAGGAAUCCUCGCUACAACAAAGGAUUGGCGUUUACUGAUGAAGAGAGGGAUUAUCAUUAUCUCCGGGGCCUUUUCCCCCCUGCUCAUCUGUCACAGGAUCUUCAGGAAAAGAAGCUAAUGAAUAUAAUUCGGGAGUACCAUACACCUUUGCAGAAAUACAUGGCUAUGAUGGACCUUCAGGAGAGAAACGAAAAAUUGUUUUACAAGCUCUUAGUUGAUCAUGUUGAGGAAUUGCUUCCUAUAGUCUAUACACCCACUGUUGGUGAAGCUUGCCAAAAAUAUGGAAGUAUUUUCAGGCGUUCACAGGGUCUUUACAUAAGUUUGAAAGAAAAGGGAAAGGUCCUUGAUGUUUUGAAGAACUGGCCUGAACAAAACAUUAAGGUCAUUGUUGUCACUGAUGGAGAACGCAUUCUGGGACUUGGAGAUCUUGGAUGCCAGGGAAUGGGAAUUCCUGUUGGAAAACUUGCUCUGUAUACAGCACUUGGGGGAGUUCGUCCUUCAGAGUGUCUUCCAGUAACUAUUGAUGUUGGGACCAACAAUGAAACAUUGCUGAAUGAUGAAUUCUACAUAGGGCUUAGGCAGAGACGUACUACAGGCCAGGAAUAUGGCGAUCUUCUUCAUGAGUUCAUGUCUGCUGCCAAACAAGCUUAUGGAGAGAAAGUCCUUAUUCAGUUUGAAGACUUUGCCAACCACAACGCCUUUACCUUGCUGGAGAAGUAUUCUUCAACUCACCUAGUCUUCAAUGAUGAUAUUCAGGGGACGGCUGCAGUGGUACUUUCAGGCCUUGUUGCAUCAUUAAAACUGACUGGUGGGAAGUUGGCUGAUCACAAGUUCCUGUUUCUUGGAGCUGGAGAGGCAGGGACAGGUAUCGCAGAACUUAUUGCAUUGGAAAUAGCCAAACAGGGAAAAAUCUCAUCGAAUGAAGCUCGCAAGAGAAUAUGGCUGGUGGACUCUAAGGGGCUCAUUGUAAAGUCCAGAAUGGAGUCCCUUCAACACUUCAAAAAGCCAUGGGCACAUGAACAUGAACCCUGUAAAAGUUUACUGGAUGCUGUGGAGUCAAUCAGGCCUUCGGUUUUGAUUGGAACUUCAGGAGUUGGAAAAACUUUCACAAAGGAAGUCAUUGAGACUUUUUCCUCUUUUAAUGAGAAACCAUUAAUUUUAGCUCUUUCAAAUCCAACUUCUCAGUCUGAAUGUACGGCAGAAGAAGCAUAUACCUGGAGUAAGGGGCGUGCUAUAUUUGCCAGUGGGAGUCCUUUUGAUCCUGUUACUUAUGAUGGAAAGACUUUUAGUCCUGGCCAGUCAAACAAUGCAUAUAUCUUCCCUGGAUUUGGCUUAGGCUUGGUCAUGUCAGGGACAAUCCGUGUCCGUGAUGAUAUGCUAUUGGCAGCUUCUGAGGCUUUAGCUCAACAGGUUACUAAAGAGCAUUUAGAGAAGGGUCUCAUCUAUCCACCAUUUCGAAAUAUCAGAAAAAUAUCAGCUCACAUAGCUGCAGAAGUUGCUGCAAAGUCCUAUGAACUAGGUUUGGCAACAACCCUCCCUCGCCCUGCAGAUCUGGUUAAAUAUGCUGAAAGAUGUAUGUACAGCCCAUUGUAUCGAGACUACAAUUGAGAUUUAUGGAUUUCAUCACAGGAUACCCUUUGAUUUCUUUCACCUGGCUGAGACCAAGUGACAAGGGAUCAUGACUUGGUUAAUAUAUUAGCAAUAGCACUAGUUAGUCCCAUGGUAAAAAUAUAGGAAUUUAUUAGAACUCUAUAUUUAUAUUGCAACCCAUGGUGUGUUGUUUGGGAUUGCAAACAUAUAGGGUGCCAUUAAUCAAGGUGAUUUAGUAGGGGUAAAUUAUUAAUCAAUUUAAUGCAUGGAAUGAACCCAUGCAAUUGACUCUGAAUUUUUAUUAUUUUAAAUUUAUUUCUCAAUUUCUAAGUUGCAUGGAAUGAAUGCAACUGAACUGUGAACAAUUGUAAUUGAAUAUUUAUUAACUUAUUCUUAUAGAUUUUUUUUUCACUCUGCAA